AUGACGAAUGAAAAAAUCUUAAAAAGGCAUUAUCAGGUAGUGUUGCCCAUUGGCCAGGGUGCCUUUGGCUGUGUGAGGCUGGGCUACCAUCGGCUUACGGGUACCCUGGUGGCCAUAAAGACUGUGGAGAAAACCAAGAAGAACCUGCGGUGGAUCUUCACUGAGAAGGUGAUACUGGAGAUGCUAGAACAUCCAUAUAUCAUUCGCCUGUACCAGGUCAUCAUUUCUGAAAGGGAAGUCCACUAUGUGACUGAGUUUGCACCCGGAGGAAACUUAUUCCGGAUAGUGAAAGAUAAUGGUAGAAUGCAGGAGGGGGAGGCUAAGAAAGUAUUCGGGCAGAUACUGGCAGCCAUCAAAUACUGUCACAACUUAGAUAUUGUUCAUCGUGACUUAAAGCCCCAAAACAUCCUGCUCGAUGGGGAGGGCAAUGUAAAAGUGAUUGAUUUUGGCCUUUCAACAAAAACUAGAUCUGGCACUAAAUUGACAAGAUGUUGUGGGACCAAGGCCUUUAGUGCUCCUGAGUUGGUGCAGGGACAGCCCUAUGACGGGAAGAAGGCAGACGUAUGGAGUCUUGGUGUGCUUCUAUAUUAUAUAACAACUGGCAACCUUCCCUUCAAAGAACAAACCAUAAAGGAGACAGAGGCGAAGAUCAUCACAGGACUAUAUAAUAUUCCUGAUCAUUUUUCCUCAUCACUUGAAAACCUCAUUUUCCAAAUGCUUAACGUUAUGCCAGAGAGGAGGCCGUCCGUUGAAGAUCUUGAGAAACACCCAUGGGUUAAAAAAUACGAAAUAAAUGUCCCCAAGGAGAUGUACCCAGAUCCCAAGAUUGUGGACAUGCUCUGUGAAUUUGGGUUUAAUCGCAAUUCCAUCUUUGAAUCACUAGGAAAGAAUAAAUAUGAUGAGAUUAUGGCAUUGUAUCUCAUCUUAAAGGAGAAGGAACGAAAGGGGCUUGAGCUUGGCAGCACCACCGAAGCCAACCCUGUGGACCCUGGACCCACACCACCCUCCACCCCAGCAUAUGCGUCUGUCUCUAGUCUUCCCCUAAAGCGUAUCACCAGUGCCCCCACCUUUGGCCUCCUCCAUGCCAAACCCUCAGCCCAGCACCAGCCUGUUGCCAGGACACUGCUAGGGAAGAAGCUGGUCAGAAGCGCCUCCCUGCCUGCCGUUAAUCUAUGCUUCUCCCGGAACAACAGCCCCGCUUAUCGUGCCUGCUCCUGUGCCCUGCACAGUCAGGAGGUUUGGCGCAAGUGUCAAAUGACGGACAUUCAGGCUCUGGGUUCUAUCAGAAGGCCUGAGCUGGCUUUGCUGCUGCCUAUGCUGGCAGAUGAGCAUGUCCAACAGGAAG